GAGCGAGGAUGCGGCGGCGCUCGCGGAUGCUGCUGUGCUUCGCGCUGCUCUGGGUGCUGGGCAUCGCCUACUACAUGUAUUCGGGGGGCGGCUCCGCGCUGGCCGCGGGCGCCGGUGGCGUCGGCAGGAAGGAGGACUGGAAUGACAUUGACAUUAAAAAGAAAGACCUUCACCACAGCAAUGGAGAUGAAAAGGCACAGAGUGUGGAGACCCUCCCUCCAGGGAAAGUCCGGUGGUCAGACUUCAACCAGGAGGCGUAUGUUGGAGGGACGAUGGUUCGCUCUGGACAGGACCCCUAUGCUCGAAACAAGUUCAACCAGGUGGAGAGUGACAAGCUACGCAUGGACAGAGGCAUCCCAGACACCCGGCAUGACCAGUGUCAGCGGAAACAGUGGCGGGUAGACCUUCCAGCCACCAGUGUGGUGAUUACGUUUCACAAUGAAGCCAGGUCGGCCUUGCUGCGGACAGUGGUCAGUGUGCUUAAGAGGAGUCCACCCCAUCUCAUCAAGGAGAUAAUCCUGGUGGAUGACUACAGCAACGAUCCCGAGGAUGGGGCCCUCUUGGGGAAGAUUGAGAAAGUGCGAGUCCUCAGAAAUGACCGGCGAGAAGGCCUAAUGCGCUCACGAGUCCGGGGUGCUGAUGCUGCCCAAGCCAAGGUCCUGACAUUUCUGGACAGCCACUGUGAGUGUAAUGAGCGCUGGUUGGAGCCGCUAUUGGAACGGGUCUCUGAGGAUAGGACCCGGGUCGUGUCACCCAUCAUCGAUGUCAUUAACAUGGACAAUUUCCAGUACGUGGGCGCCUCUGCUGACCUCAAGGGUGGUUUUGACUGGAACUUGGUAUUCAAAUGGGAUUACAUGACACCAGAGCAGAGGCGGUCCCGGCAGGGGAACCCAGUUGCCCCCAUAAAAACCCCCAUGAUUGCUGGCGGGCUGUUUGUGAUGGACAAGCUCUAUUUUGAAGAGCUGGGGAAAUAUGACAUGAUGAUGGAUGUAUGGGGAGGAGAGAACCUGGAGAUCUCAUUCCGCGUGUGGCAGUGUGGUGGCAGCCUGGAGAUCAUCCCAUGCAGCCGUGUGGGACACGUGUUUCGGAAGCAGCACCCCUACACAUUCCCAGGUGGCAGCGGCACUGUCUUUGCCCGGAACACCCGCCGGGCAGCCGAGGUCUGGAUGGACGAAUACAAAAACUUCUACUAUGCAGCGGUGCCUUCUGCCCGAAAUGUACCCUUCGGAAAUAUUCAAAGCAGGCUGGAGCUCAGGAAGAAGCUGGGCUGCAAGCCCUUUAAGUGGUACCUGGACAGUGUGUACCCAGAGCUCAGGGUUCCAGACCAUCAGGACAUAGCUUUUGGGGCCUUGCAGCAAGGAACCAACUGCCUUGACACCUUGGGACACUUCGCUGAUGGGGUCGUUGGAAUUUAUGAGUGUCACAAUGCUGGGGGAAACCAGGAAUGGGCCUUGACAAAGGAGAAGUCAGUGAAGCACAUGGACCUGUGCCUUACUGUGGUGGACCGGGCACCUGGCUCGCUCAUCAGGCUGCAGGGCUGCCGGGAGAAUGACAGCAGACAGAAAUGGGAACAGAUCGAGGGCAACUCCAAGCUACGACACGUGGGCAGCAACCUGUGUCUAGACAGCCGCACGGCCAAGAGCGGGGGCCUGAGUGUGGAGGUAUGCGGCCCAGCCCUGUCGCAGCAGUGGAAGUUCUCACUCAACCUGCAGCAAUAGGAGGCCCCCAGGCCCUCCUGUCCACCUGCACACCAGCCCAGUUUGGCGAUCACAUUAUUAUGUUUCUGAAACUUUCCAAGAAACUAUAUACCUCAGUGUUCCAUCAUGGUCUGAAAGGCAAAGAAGUUGAGCAAGGCAUAAGCUGGGCUGACGGCUGCGCAGGAGAGGAAACGGGCCCCAAAGGGCCUCGGGACAGAGGGUCCCUCCCAAGGCUGGCGUCCUCUGCCUCCCACCUUCCACUUCUGCUUGCUCCCCAGCUGAGGAACAGCUCAGCGUUGGCUGGAGCCGGUGGGCAAGUAGUGAGCAUGUAUGUGUUGAAGACAGAAGGAGCAGGGGGCAUGGUGCCCUUGCAGCAAGAACUCCAAAUCUCCCAUCUUUUGUUUUAACCCAUCCAAAAUCAUGUAUGUAAAGCAGGCAUGGUGGCCAAUGCCUGUAAUUCCAUCACUCGGGAGGCUGAGGCAGGCAAGACCCUGUCUUUUUUUUUUUUUUUUUUUUUUAAAAAAAAGUGAUUUCUACAAAGCUGACCCAUGUUAUUUGCAGAUUUCCCAGUUGUGCUCUGUCCCUGCACCUCUGGGCCCAGCAGACCUCCUGGUGCCACCACCCCCCUUCCACUGACAUGCUUGCUCUAUUUGAGCGUGAACUUUCCUAUUAUAAAGAGAAGAAUGGUGGUCAGUUCCCUAUGGUUUCCCCAUGUUAUCAUCUUGUAAACCCCACAUUGCAGCUCAGCCGUGUAGAGGGGCUGGACUCCCAGAGCCUAGGGUGGCCUCCCUGUCCCUGGAGCCUGUCCAGCUAGUAGGUGCUGCUCUACCAGCUGGAGGUAUCCUCAGACUACUGGCCCGGCUCAUGAACAUCUGUGUUUGGCUUCAGUGUGGGAGUUGCGGCUGGGUUGGAAAACCUACUUUGUGUCCAUUGUCAUCUGUAAACCUAAAUAGGUUACCUCUUUUGGCAAGUAUUGUUUUGGGUUUUUGUUUAAAAUUAAAUUACUUUUCUUUUAGGAAAAAAAACAAAAACCAACUCCACAGCUUCUGACUAACAUGAACCAACAGGACCCCUGUGAUAGGCAGACCAGGGACAUUGACAACUGUCACAUUCUAACCCUGGGCAUUGGGUCUUUGGUACUAACUGAGCUGCCAGUAGAGAGCACAGGGGACAAGCCCCUCAACCUGAGGGUCAAGUCAGGACCAUAGAGCUCACAUGGAGGACCCAGGUGUGUGUUAGACACCUGGAUGCAGUCAUGGGAAGCCUGGUGACUGCCUAGUAGGGCUGCAGAUAUCAUACAUGCACAACACAGGCAACCUAGGGAACCCUGGAGACCAAGUAGUUGCAAGUGGCCCCAGGGGGCCUGCAGGGGCAUGCUCUCCUUCCUGCCUGCUCCAAGAAGGGGGAGUGGCUGGUCUUCCUCUGCUACAGGAGUUGCGCAUGUGUACGCACCAUGACCACAGCCACUCUGUGGAGGCCUGGCCAGGUGCUGACCCUCUGUCUCCUUUUUACCCCCUGCCAAAAAGCCAACAAGAUGCAUUAUAGCAGACAGGGUGUCCAUGUACCUGGUUAACGCCACACACGUCCACCUCUCAAGGUGGGCUCUGAGGAAUGUCACUCAUAGGUACAGGUGCAAGUCUGUCAUGGGACAGGCAGGACCGAGGUUGCUGGAGCUCCACCCAAGCACUCUGCCAUUAAACACUGUAACCUGUGCUGCUUCACUCAGAGGGAGAACCACGGAUAUGAAGCGACUUGGCUGUUUUUAACCAGGUGUGUCUGCCCACAUACCUGCACCCCACCCUGUGGUCCCCGUCACCUCUGUACCAUCUGAUUGUCUGGCCACCCAGGUGCCACUCAGCUGGGCUCUGAACAGAGGCAGGGACCUGAGGUGAGCCACAUUUACAUGACACAGUGUGCCAAAGUGACUCGCCGUGCUUGCAUUGUUUUGUAGUCAUUGGGCUAUCCCACCCUCCCACUCCUGUUUUUAAAUAUCAAAACUUCCAGAAGCCCAGAGACCACAUGGGCAAAGGCGGCUGUCUUCUGUGGUGGUCCUCGUGUCUCCGUGAAGCUGAAAAAAAGAUGGUAUCUGUAUGUUUUGCAAAUUCAAAAUAUAGUUUGGUAAUUUUUUUUCCAGUUGAUUUUUAAAAAAAGAACUGCUGUACAGAGCUUGUACUUUGUCCAUUUUAUAGAUGGAAACCAUCCUUGAAAUUGUUUAACUUAAAUAAAGAGAAGAUACUUUAUAGAUAA